AUGCUGCACACUGCCCGGUUCCUGUGCUCUGUCUCCGCCGCCUUCGCGCGCCUCCUCCGCGAGCUCCGCAAGCUCCUCAUCAGGGCAUCCGCGUUCUCUCCGGUCGUAGCUUCCCUACCAAAGGCGGCGGCGGCGUCGUCUCCAGCCGCCGGCGUAAUCUCCGCCAUGACCCUCCCGCUGCGGAGGAAGACGCCUGCUGCUGCUGCCUCAGUCGUCGCUAUCCAGAAGCAGGUGUUGGUGGUGGCGCCGCCUCCCACAGCUGUUCUUGUUGGUGCAGAGGUGCCUAACGUUGUCGGCGGUUGUAGCGAUGACGCAACAGAGCAACAAGCUGAGAGCAAGAAGAAGAAGACAGCAUGGGCUGCGAGGAGGAGGCCCUCAAGGCUGGUUAUACCUGUGGCGGAUGUCGAUGCCGGCGAGGUGGCUGCCGGCUGGGCCGCCGCGGCUGCUGCCUCGGCGAAGGAGGCUGACCUGAAGGAGGUGGAGGGCGAGGGAUUUAGGCUGGCGAGUAGAGCAGGACUGAGGCAUGCGAUGGAGGAUGCGUAUGCCGUGGUGACCGAUAAACAUGGUGGAGAUUCUGAGCUGGCAUUCUACGGUGUGUUCGACGGACACGGCGGCCGCGCGGCCGUGGACUUCGUCUCCGAGAGGCUCGCCAGGAACGUCGUCUCCGCCGUGCUGGCCGCGGGAACGGAGACGCAAGGUGAGCCUCGGUCGUCGUCGGCGGAGGAGGAGGACGCCGUGUCGGCGGCGAUCAGAGCGGCCUACCUGGCCACCGACAACGAGCUCCUCGCGCAACACCAGGGUGAAAGCGGCGGCGCAUGUGCCACAACGGCGUUGGUGAGGGGCGGGCACCUCUACGUCGCGCACGUCGGCGACUGCCGCGCCGUGCUGAGCCGCGACAGCACAGCGGCCGCGCUGACGGUGGACCACACCUGCGCCCGGGAGGAGGAGCGGGAGCGCAUCGAGCGGGAGGGCGGCUACGUGUGCCGCAGCGGCAGUGGCGUGUGGCGGGUGCAGGGCCGCCUCGCCGUGUCCCGCGCGUUCGGCGACGGCGCGCUGAAGCGGUGGGUCGUCGCCGACCCGGCGGUCACCAGGGUGGCCCUUGAUGCCAGGUGCGAGUUUUUGGUCAUCGCGUCCGACGGGCUCUGGGACAAGGUCAGCAACCAGGAGGCCGUCGACGCCGUCUCCACUAGCCCGGCGACGGCAUGCAGGGAGCUCGUGGACAUGGCGCGGCACAGGGGGAGCAGGGACGACGUCACCGUCAUGGUCGUUGACCUCGGGAGGUUUGUACGGUAG